CAUUCUAACUGUUUUAAGUCAUUAAAAUGCCCUUGAGUUUGGCGUCCAAAUACAUCUCCCCAAGCGUGGGUGACGUGUUUCAUGUAACUCAAUAUGUAUACACGUACGUGGCUUGAUACUCGAAUAGCACCCUCGGUUAGAUUACUGGCAUGCUGAGAGUCGUUUGUAAUCUGGCCCUUCCUCAGCGUCACACAUGCUGACGGACUUAGGGACAGCGAUCCCUUCGAGACACGAGCGAACCAGCAGUGGACCUGGAUUCAGGCCCAGGCCUCAGUGGGAUCUGUGUCCAUUGACAGGUCUGAGAAUAGAGACCAGGAUGACUGGAAUAGUUUCCACAAUGACGGGCUGUGCUGCAUCUACCUACAGUUGACCUGUAUAUACUUUUAUCGCCAUGUCAGCACUGAUACGACAGAUUUGAGGUGACAAUACAAAGACAUAACUUCACAUAAAUCUUUACAGCUAGAACAUACUGGUGUGAUAACAAGUUUUUGCACUGACACUCAAAUUCUGAAUAAUGCUACAAAUAAAGCACAGAAAUAAAAAAUAAUAAUAAUUUUAAAAAAGGGUCCGUUGCUGCACAUUAUCUAUAAUCCUCGUUAGAUGCAGGUCUACAACAACUUUAGCAGAACACAAAAACACAAUAAUCAGCUGAUUGGUCGGGAGAGUGAAGAGGGUGGAGUAUACAACAUGGCAUAUUAACUGAGGUAGUAUAAAUAGGACAUUGUGCCAGAAUCCCAUUUGGCCAAAGGGGCGGCUGAGACUAAAACGUGCUGCUCAUGUGGGUUUGAAAACAAAAACUUUGAGGAUAAUAUUCCCGUCACUCAGCAGCAGACUACCAACAUGGAGAUCUCCAGUACAACUGUCCUGCCAGUGGUUGGCCUCGGGUCAAUGGCCCAUUCAGCUGGACUUGUGGAGCUUGCUGUCAGGCUGUGCUUGAACCAACGCAAACAACUGUGUCCUCACGUGUGGGUUCCCAUUCUGAAGCCACAGCGUCCUUGCAUCCGUCCUCAGGUUUCUGAUCAGCUCCCCUCUGAUAUCUUGAGUCAACUUUCUUGGGAUUUUUUGGAUGACUUGGACGAUGAGGUUUUGAUCCCAGUCAAGAACAGACGUGUGGUUUUCGCUGACUCAAGAGGACUGUCUCUAACAGCUGUGCGAGAGUUUUCUGAUGAAGAGGAGCAGUCUGACCUCGACCUGCUGCCAUCGCUGCAGGGUUUGGGAAGCAUGACAGAGGACGGCUACAGCUGCACCGUCAGCACCUGCUGCCCAGGAACACGGCUCAAACUGGGUUUCCCGCAACCCUCUGCAGAUUUCCAGGCCUUCCGUGCCAAGCUGGCAGAGAGCAUGGUUAUCCUGGAGAACUGCAGCGUUACUGAGCACUCCCUCCAAGGUACUGUCCGAGUCAGGAACGUCAGCUUCCAGAAGGAUGUGCGUGUGCGCAUAACCUUUGACUCGUGGCAGAGCUACAAAGACGCGCCCUGCAUGUACCUGCAGAAACGCUUCGGAGGACCACAGACGGACAUCUUUGAGUUUGAACUUGCCAUUCCUAAAGUGCUAGAUGCCAAAAGGAAGAUAGAAUUCUGUUUAAGUUAUUUACCAGGAGGGCAGAGCGAACGUUUCUGGGACAAUAACAACGGACAGAAUUACAGCAUUGCUGUGUGUGUGAGCUCACAUCUCUGUUGCGGGAAGAAUCGAAGUGAUAGGGCAUGACUUGUCCAGCCUAGAAAGGAUCCCUGAUUUUGUCAUACAUAGUACAUCGGUCCUACGUAAAGAUGAGGUGGAUAUUUUUUUUUUUUUUAUUACAUUUGCAUUAUUUCCACUCUGAAUUGGUAUGUAUAUUUCCAUAAAUGUUUAGACAUUUCAGUACCUGCUUUGUAUAUAAAAAAACAACAACUUUAAAACAG